AUUGACAAAUCGUACAUAUUUAAAUAUUUUAUACAAUAAAUUAUUUAUUAUUUUUUUAUUAUCAACAAUCAACUAUCAUUUAUAUAUUAAAAUAUAACAAAAUAAAUGUCAACAAACAACGAGCCAACAUUUUAAUUGUAUUCGUCAACUGAAUAAUUACUUAGGUUGGUUUUAUAUCUCCAAGAGUACUCGUCUCAAAUUUAUUCGAAGCAAGUACCGCAUCUCUUGUUGAAGCAUCGAACAAUCGUUUACGGUUUGUAGGGCGAACAGCCAUCAAUUAACACCAUGGCCACUCCGACCAGCGGCAAUGGAAAUUUGGUGGACGAAUUCGACGAAGCGUUCAUGUCACUUAUCGAAAUAAUAUCAAAAGAAGAAGAGACGUUCUCGCCGGUUGACAAAGAAGAAGUGCGUGUAGACAUAGACCAGUGUACCAUGAGAUUCAUCGACAUCGCUAGACAACUGGAGGCGUUUUUCCUGCAGAAACGGUUUCUCUUAUCGGCCCUGAAGCCUGAACUAAUCGUUAAAGAAGAUAUAUCCGAGUUGCGUUUGGAGUUGGCGCGCAAGGAUGACCUCAUCCGGCGGCAUUAUGAUAAAAUCUCUAUCUGGCAAAAUCUGUUGGCCGAUUUACAACAGGUUGCCAAAUCGCCCGCCCAGAGCACUAUGGGCCAGAGUCCUAUGCCAGCACCAAUGCCAUCGCCCCUACCAAUCGGACCGCCCCAACAACAACUAUCGCCUCAAGUACCUGGAGGUAUGGUUUCGCCACAACAGGCCAUGUUCUUACAGCAGCAGCAACAACAGCAAAGACCCGGUCCAGUGGCAGGUGGACCGAUGCCUGGUGCAUUGCUACAAGGACCAUUAGCAUAUUUGGAAAAGACCACCAGCAAUAUAGGAAUGGGCGAUGGGAGGAGGUGACGAGGUCGGGGACGAGGAAGAGGACGCGGUAGGGCCCAUCUUAGUCCCCCUUGACCACAGGCAAAGGCACAAAAUUGCUGCUUUUAAGCCAAACGAAUUGCUACAAAUAAUCCUACCAAUUAUUUUGUGAAAGUCACUUGUACACUACUGUAAAUAUGUUGUAACUCUACAAGUUGUUUAUAAACUGUGUAUUUAUGUUUUGAUAAUAUGUUUGAUAUAACUUGUAAAUUUUGUUUUAUUUUUCAUUCUUAAAGCUGUAUAUAUUUGCUUCACAAUAAUCUGUAAAUGUAAGAAAUUAUAUAAUAUUAUGUAAUGUAGUUGUAAUUGUUAAGCUAUAAUAAUUUAAAUUUUGGAAGCUAAUAAAAAAAUAAUAAAAUAA